CGAUGGCAACGCCACGGGCCACCCAAGAUGACGAAGUCGAGCGACUCGUCAAGUGCCGAGUGCGCUCCGAAGUCGAAGCGCGCAAGGCCGCCGAGGUGACCAUGAAGCGAGCGAUGAAGGAAGCGACCGAGCUCAAGAAGGAGCUCAUGCUCAUGCGAAAGGAAAAGGAAGACUUGACGGAUCGCGCUCGAGCCGCCGAGCCCGCGCCGAAAAGUGUCAAGCAACCCUCCGACGAUUUGCUCAAGAAGCUCGCUCGGCGCGAGAAGGAGCUUGAGCAAUGCAAGCAGCUAUUGAGGGACAAGGACGCGGCCGCCGACGAGGUCCAGACCCAAGUGCAGCAGCUCCACACAUCCCUCGAGCGAGCGACAACUAUCACGUCGGCACUGCAACAGCAGCUGGACGAGGCCAAUGAGGUGGCCAAGAAGGCGGGCAUCGAGCUGCGCCAGCUCAAGCUCUCGGCCGACGACGGCAAGAAAAAAUAUCAACGCAGUAUCAAGGAGCUCAAGGAAGAGAAGGCUGCGCUCAGUUCGGAGAACGCGCAGCUCGCUCAGCGUCUCAACGACGCAACCACGUCGAAUGUACAGACGUCAGCGCUCAAGAAGCAGCUCACGCAGGCGCGCGACCGCCUCGCGAGCAUCGUCGCGGACCACGACGCUCGAAUUGCACAGCUCACGAGUGCCCACGCAGCAGCGCUCCACGAGCUCCAAGCCCAGCACGCAAAGGCGCUCGCACAGCAGCGAGACGAGCUCACCAGUGCGCAUGCGCAGGAGCUGCAGGCCAAGCUGCAAGCAACGACGAUGGUGUCGCAGAUCGAGAAGGAGCGGGAGCAAGUGCGCGCGGACGCCCUCCGCCGUCUCCAAGACGAGCUGCAGAUCGAAAAAGAAGAAAAUGUCGACUUGCUUCAGACAGUCAAGUCGCUUCAGGACAAGCUGCGUCUCGUCGCCGAGCUGCACCGCGACGCGGAGCGCGCCAAAGCGGCAGCUGAGGUUGAGAAGGAGAAGGCGCUGGCGUGGAGUGCCAAAGCCGAAGACGCAGCCGAUGCGUGCGAAGCCCAAGCCAACAAGUUCAAGGACGAAUGCGCGCUCCUUGAAGAGAAGCUGUCGGUUGUUGACGCGGCGCUCCGUCGGCGCGGUAUCUCGAUGGACUUUUUACUCAAAAAGAAAACCUCCAACAACAACGACGACGACGAGCCGGCCAAGGCCAAAGCGGUGCCAUCACACACAAGUAAGGCCAAGAAGAAGGUCGUGGCCGAGCCCGAAGGCCGCGACGAGAGCGUCAAGCCCUUGCGGCGCAAAUAAGAGCCCAAUGACAUCAUACUUGCUAUGAAUUUUGCA